AUGAAGCAGAAGCACCAAGUUGCUUACUCGGCGGAGCUGAGGCAGUUCUUUACUGCUCGUGGACGCCAUGAGGGCUUCGCCGCGCUGAAUGACCGUUCCGCGUGUCGGGGAAGACAAGAGAAUCGGAACGGCAGAGGGGAGAACAGUUGCGCGCCCUGUGAAUGCAGUCAUGCAUGUACAGAAAUGCAGCAGUUUGUUGCCAAUUACAAAAAAGGAUCAUCUUCUAUAAGAAAACUUCGGAAGUAA